AUGGAGUUCCCAUUGGCUAAGCACCACAGAGACCAAUCAGGAGAGAUGGAGUUCCCAUUGGCUAAGCACCACAGAGACCAAUCAGGAGAGAUGGAGUUCCCAUUGGCUAAGCACCACAGAGACCAAUCAGGAGAGAUGGACUUCCCAUUGGCUAAGCACCACAGAGACCAAUCAGGAGAGAAUACAUACAGAUUCCCUCCUCCCCCUGUAGCCCCCCCCCCCAAGGUGCAGGUGUACAGCCGUAACCCAGGGCAACAUGGGAAGGACAACUCCCUGAUCUGUCACGUGAGUGGCUUCCACCCCCCUGACAUCAGCAUCCAGCUCCUGAAGAACGGCAUGGAGAUCCCCGACGCCAAGCAGACAGACCUGGCCUUCGAACAGGGAUGGCAGUUCCACCUCACCAAGAGUGUUGGAUUCACACCAGCCAGCGAAGAGGAGUACACCUGUAGAGUCCGUCACCUGAAGAAUCUGAAGACCUACACCUGGGAAUCAGAUAUGUAAGGCUUCGGUGUUCAUCGCUGCAGAAGCGCCAAGAGGCGGGGACCCGCCUGAACGCCUGCAAUAGGCUGAGCAAGUUUAAACCACGCCCAGUCUCUACUGUGAUAGGCCAACAGACGGGUUGGAACUGUCUAUCACAGUAUAAAGAAUACUGUUUUACAUACGUCUUGUCAGUUCUCUGUUCUGCCCUGCGUGGUAUUACAGUGAGCCCGUAUAUACGAAAGUUGCAUUUGCCAUUUAUUACUUAGCUAAUAAAAAAUACAUAGUAUAAAAUCGGUGACUCAUUGUUAUAUUUAUCCUGAUACCAGAUUUGAAUUUACGCAACUCUAACAUUAGCCAAACACUGUUGCUGUUAGCCGAGGCUACUGUUAGCCAAACACUGUUGCUGUUAGCCGAGGCUACUGUUAGCCAAACACUGUUGCUGUUAGCCAAACACUGUUGCUGUUAGCCGAGGCUACUGUUAGCCAAACACUGUUGCUGUUGGCCUAGGUUACUGUUAGCCAAACACUGUUGCUGUUAGCCGAGGCUACUGUUAGCCAAACACUGUUGCUGUUGGCCUAGGUUACUGUUAGCCCAAACACUGUUGCUGUUAGCCUAGGCUACUGUUAGCCCAAACACUGUUGCUGUUAGCCGAGGCUACUGUUAGCCAAACACUGUUGCUGUUAGCCUAGGCUACUGUUAGCCAAACACUGUUGCUGUUAGCCUAGGCUACUGUUAGCCAAACACUGUUGCUGUUAGCCUAGGAUACUGUUAGCCAAACACUGUUGCUGUUAGCCUAGGUUACUGUUAGCCCAAACACUGUUGCUGUUAGCCCAGGUUACUGUUAGCCAAACACUGUUGCUGUUAGCCUAGGUUACUGUUAGCCCAAACACUGUUGCUGUUAGCCUAGGCUACUGUUAGCCCAAACACUGUUACUGUUAGCCUAGGCUACUGUUAGCCCAAACACUGUUACUGUUAGCCCAGGUUACUGUUAGCCAAACACUGUUGCUGUUAGCCUAGGUUACUGUUAGCCCAAACACUGUUGCUGUUAGCCUAGGCUACUGUUAGCCAAACACUGUUGCUGUUAGCCUAGGCUACUGUUAGCCAAACACUGUUGCUGUUAGCCUAGGCUACUGUUAGCCAAACACUGUUACUGUUAGCCUAGGCUACUGCUAGCCCAAACACUGUUACUGUUAGCCUAGGCUACUGUUAGCCCAAACACUGUUACUGUUAGAUAAACACUGUUGCUGUUAGCCUAGGCUACUGCUAGCCCAAACACUGUUACUGUUAGACAAACACUGUUGCUGUUAGCUGAGGCUACUGUUAGCCAAACACUGUUGCUGUUAGCUGAGGCUAUUGUUAGUGUUGGAUCCUGUAUUUUACAUUAUAGCCAUUACCAUAUAUAUGAUUGAAUAUUAUCUGCUGUUGGCUUGUGUGGAUGUAUGUAUGUGUUAUGCAACAUAGCUGACUUGAAACAUUGUUAACAGUUUCAGGGCCAUGGGAUUUUCUCAUGAUGGAAAAAUACAGAGUAGCAUGAAGACAGGAACUGUGCAAUGAGUUGGGAGGGGGGCACAUUCAGAGCAGGGUGUUGCGAGAACAAGCGGUCUUUUGUUAGAUAACAGGAGCCAGGUGCGAGAUAACGGUAUGGAGCAUGAGAGCCUGGAUGUUCUUCACAAGCAACAUUUACAUCUAUCAACAGAAGCGCCAAGAGGCGGGGACCCGCCUGAACGCCUGCAAUAGGCUGAGCAAGUUUAAACCACGCCCAGUCUCUACUGUGAUAGGCCAACAGACGGGUUGGAACUGUCUAUCACAGUAUAAAGAAUACUGUUUUACAUACGUCUUGUCAGUUCUCUGUUCUGCCCUGCGUGGUAUUACAGUGAGCCCGUAUAUACGAAAGUUGCAUUUGCCAUUUAUUACUUAGCUAAUAAAAAAUACAUAGUAUAAAA